AUGGGCCCUCAGAUCCUCAAAAGGUUCUACAGCUGCAACAUCGAUAGCAUCCUGGUUGCAUCACUGCCUGGUACGGCAACUGGCUGGACUGUGGCCCUCCUGGUUUGGCCACUGGUCAUCUUCAUCAUCCUGGCCAUCACCCGCUCCCAGUUCCCCCCUAAGAUGAAAGACUCAUGCUAUGUGGCCCCGAGGAACCUCCCCAGUACAGGUUUCUUCCCCUUUCUCCAGACCCUCAUGUGUAACACAGACAGCUCCUGCCACAACACAACUCGUCUGUUCUCCAAGAGUCCAACUAAAAACACCAGGGCAUCCUGGACAGAACACGAUGCAAAGAGGGUAUCCCUGCUGCCCCAUGGCACCCCCAUGCUAAUGGACAUUGGGAUGGGUGGUAGAGUCCGUGCUGUGCUGCACCAGACAUCUGACCAGCCUCAGAUAAUGGAGCUCUGGGAUAAGUUUCUGAAUGCCAGCCACCAAGAUAAAUCAAAGUACAACUCUCCCAUGGAGGGAUUUAACAACACCCUACUGGGAGACAAGGAAGCGCUGGAUGUGAUGCUGGAUUCAGUGAACCUGUUGAAGAAGUCUCUGUGCUCCUUCUCCCUGAUGGUCCUUAACGUGUCCUCCAUGUCCUCCGUUGACCCCCUCACCUAUGGACUGGUCACCUUCUGCAAGUCCAACAACACCCUGCUGGAGGUCUCACUGCUCACCAUCAACCAGGUGCUGACGGAACUGUUGCUGAAAGACCCAGCGCAGGCCCUGACCACAAUGGGCACGGCAGUUGUAGUGUUUGAGAGGCUGCAGAGGGAGACUUGGCUGUGGGAGGGGCUACUGGCCCUGCCACGUCUCCUCAUGCCCACCACCCCCGAUAAGAUCCUGGAUCAGGUGCUGGAUGAGGGGGAGAGUCUUCUGCAAAACAUCAAGAGGACUAUAGCUGCCAUCGAGAGCAACUUCCCAGAGGCUAAUCUUUCAGUUGUCUCCAUGGUGAACCCUGCUAUUGUCGAAAGCAUCAACCUGCUCCAGUACAUCAGGAACUGGCAUGGCAGAGAUGUCUACAUCACCCUUGGUGAUGUUAUCAUGGUGCCACCCAAUACCUCAGUACCAGCAGCUGUCAACGCCUUCAUGCAGCAGGUCAGGAUACCACUAGACAAGUAUGAAUGA